UCGUUUAUACUCAUCAGCGUCAUCACUAUAUAACUGCCACUAACUAAAGCUAAUCAAACCACGAAGAGCUCAAGUUAUCAGCGCUAAAUUUUCUUUUUCUUUAAAAAUUAUUAUAAACAAAGGAAAUGGGUAGAAUCGCAAUAGGUAGUCCGGCUGAGAUCAGCCAAGCCGACUCACUCAAGGCGGCUUUGGCUGAGUUUAUCUCAAUGCUGAUCUUCGUUUUCGCCGGUGAAGGCUCCGGCAUGGCAUACAACAAGUUGACCAACAAUGGCUCAGCGACGCCAGCCGGAUUGGUGUCGGCUUCGUUAUCUCACGCAUUUGCACUAUUCGUGGCGGUGUCAGUCGGAGCUAACAUCUCGGGUGGCCAUGUCAACCCGGCCGUGACCUUUGGUGCGUUUGUUGGUGGCCAUAUCACUCUCAUGAGGAGUGUCUUGUAUUGGAUUGCUCAGUUGCUUGGCUCUGUUGUUGCAUGCUUGCUUCUCAAGUUCGCAACUGGUGGAUUGGAAACCUCGGCUUUCGCUCUAUCAUCCGGAGUAGGAGCAUGGAACGCAGUUGUGUUCGAAAUAGUGAUGACUUUCGGGCUAGUAUACACGGUGUACGCGACCGCAGUAGAUCCCAAAAAGGGUGACAUUGGAAUUAUUGCCCCCAUUGCCAUAGGUUUCAUUGUGGGAGCCAACAUAUUGGCUGGUGGUGCAUUUGACGGGGCCUCCAUGAACCCAGCCGUCUCGUUUGGGCCUGCUGUCGUUAGUUGGACUUGGGCCAACCACUGGGUCUACUGGCUCGGCCCAUUUGUGGGCGCUGGCAUUGCUGCCCUUGUUUACGAGAUCGUUUUCAUCUGCCCAGCCACACACGAACAACUCCCAACCACAGAGUACUAAGCUGUUGUAGAAAAUUUGGUUGUUGGAUUUUCUUGAUAUUGUUUGUAUUUGGAUUUUGUUAAAUGGUUAUUCCCUAGAGAAUCUUCCUGGUCUUUUCUUUAUUUUUUUUAAGUCUCAUUUUCAAUUGAAAAAUUAGUUGAUCUA